AUGAACGGUGAGGCAGAGUUAGAUCCAACCUGGCGUGAAGCCAUGUCAAAGCAGUGGCUCAGCAGAGCCCAGGAUCUGAUGAGUAGUAUGGCCAGUAACUACGACAUGCGAAGGCUACAUAUCGGCGAAGCAGUCGUCGGCCUCGUUGCCGGCUCACUGAUUUUCGGUGCUCGACUUAGUCUAAUACCGCUACUGGCCAUCUCAGUCACAUACGGCAUCAUGAUGUUCGCGAGCAGCUACGUGGAAGAAGAACACCAUUUCUGGUAUUGGGCUACUUCGGCCUGGCUGGGCUCUCUGGGCAUCAAAAAGAUGCAGUCCACCCGGUCGCCAUCGGGAACACUCGUAUCUGUUCUCAUCGCUCUGGUAGCAACCAGACUGAUCCGAGGAUGGAACCAGACAGGCCAGAAGCACGCCGGCGAGCCCGAUAUCGCCAAGACCUUCAUCGUCACACGCCCUCCCGUCCUUUGGACCCUCGUCAGCGUAACCUACCUCUUCCUCUUUGCACAACUACUCAGAAAGCUCCGCGGUCUUCCCCACGCCGCCGUGACAGCUGUAUCAGUUCUUCUGGUCCUCUCCGCCUUCACUUUCAAGCUCGCCUUUACCAACGAAGACGCCCCAGAGCUCGUGACCGGCCCCCUAGCAAUCCUCAAUACCCUCACCCAGCGCAUCUCCCUCGUCACCCGAGCUCGCGUUGUCUUCGCCGGCAUCGGCGCCGCAGCCCUCUACUCAUCCUACCUAGCCCUCGCCAACCCAAAAACCGAAGCACGACACACAUCCCCCCUCCUCCACCACCUCAUCACGCUCCUCCUCGCAACCCAAUCCCGCGUCACAAACAUCCCCCUCCUCCUCCUCUUCACCCUCCAACUACCUCUCCUCGCCUCCCUCGAUCUCUCCCUUCCCCUCCUAUCGACGACCUCCCUCCUCCUCCAGUACGCCUCUUUCUUCGCCUUUGGCGGCACGAACGCAAUCUCCUCCGUCGACCUCUCGAGCGCCUAUAACGGCGUGGCCGGCUUCAACGUCGUCGCCGUCGGCGCCCUGACAUUCGUAAGCAACUGGGUCGGCCCCAUCUACUGGGCCUCUGCGACGAACCUGCUACUCCUGCAGUACCGCGGCCGCAGGGCCGGGACCGACGAGGGCAAGCAUGUGUUUUUGCGACACGUAGGGCACAUGACCUUGUUCACGGCGUGCAGCGCUGCGUUCGUCAUGGUGGCGUGCGAGGCGCUGCGGACGCACCUGUUUGUCUGGACCGUCUUUUCGCCAAAGUACCUGUACUGCAUGGCCUGGACAAUUGCGCAGCAUCUCCUCGUCAACGUCGUGUUUGCUGGCUUGCUGUACCGCUUAGGCUCGGCUUGA